AUGUCAAAACAUUUACAUGCCAAUAAGUUAUUUAAAAUGGAAAAUCGUGUGAAAACUAGAACUCGUCAACGGGAAGCGGUGACAGCUCGAUACCAGAAACUCAAAGAAUCAACAGCAAUUCAAGAUGAACAAUCUGAGAUUCCUAGUCAUGAGCAUCGAUAUCGAUGUUGGAACUUAAAAAUUUUGGUUCGAAUGAUAACUCUUGUUUCAAUAUUUGGAAUGAUUUUUGUGACGAUUAAACAUAAUUCUUCUUUUGGCCAUUCAACAGAUGCAUCAUCUACCGCUGUGUAUAAACAUGAUAUACUAAUUACAAGUCCAUAUUAUCUUAAUACAGUCAAUCCGCAAGUCUUCAUAACGACGUAUUCAUUAGUAUUAACUCCUGAUAGUCCAACAUACUGCCGUGAUAUUUCCAUAGUGCUUGACAAAGCCGAUGAAGAUGACAAUGAAUUUAUCCAGGACAAUUACGGCGAAGAUCUCAAAGAUUUUAAUGAGAACAUCGAUAUGUAUUAUUAUGAAAUCGUUUAUAUUAAUGUAAACAUGUCUGGAUAUUACAAUAUUGAAAGCAAUAGUAUUAUUAAUACAUAUGGUUACAUCUAUAAUGGUAGUUUUGAUCCAUCUAAUCCAUCUAAGAAUUUACUCUUAGAAGAUGACGAUAAUGGUGGUAUCGGACAAUUUAAACUUACAUAUUUUCUUUGGCCUGAAAUUAACUAUAUUCUAGUUACUACUACCUUCUUAAACAAUGUAACAGGAUCAAUCUUAAUUACAGUAUCAGGCCCGAGUUUUGUUAUUUUUACUGAGAGAACAACUACUCUUACAACCUCAUCGAUAAUGACAACCCAAACAAGUACUUCAUCGAUCGUGAUAUCAAGAUACUCAGCAACAUUACCUUCCGAUAGCCAAACUUACUGUCGUACAACAUAUAGCUGUUCACUAGAUGGAUAUUACUACUAUGAAUCCAUUGAAGUACACGUGAAUAAGACUGGAAUUUAUCGUUUCAUAAGUGAUAGCAAUUUGGAUACAUACGGUUAUAUUUAUAUCAAUGAUUUUGAUCCAUCUAAUCCAUCUGAAAAUAUACUCUCACAAAAUGACGAUGCCGGUGGGCAUGGACAGUUUAAGCUCAUCAAAUUUCUUCGAGCUUGGAAUACUUAUAUUUUGGUUGUGACUACCUACUCUCCAAACAGAAAAGGUAGAGUCAUUAUCAUUGCAUCUGGUCCAUCAACUAUUAGUUUUACUCAUUCAACAAGUCAUCGAUCAUCGACAACAACAACAACAACGACAACAUUCGAAACGACUACUGCAUGGAGUGUGGAAUCAACGUAUUCAUCAUCAUGGAAUAUAAACAGUCAAAGAUAUUGUCGAACAGGUUGUUCAGUUCCGAGGUACUAUUACGAAGGAGUGAAAGUGAGCGUUUUAAUGGCAGGAAAAUAUAGUAUUGCAAGUAAAAGCAUCAUUGAUACAUAUGGGUAUCUCUAUAAUAACAGUUUUGAUCGAUCUAAUCCAUCUCGAAAUUUACUUUUACAAGAUGAUGAUAGUGGUGGUAAUAAACAAUUUAAGCUCACACAUUUUUUUCAACCAGAAGCUACAUAUAUUUUAAUUGCGACAACAUUUGAUCCGUAUAUGAUGAAAAAAUUCUCGAUUAGUGCAUCCGGUCCAGGAUCCGUUAUUUUUCAUUCAUGA